CGGAAGCGCUUAGUUGAGAUUCACCAAAGAAGAAGAGCGGAUGCGGAAAUACAACAGCAGUACACAUAGUACAUCUUGUGUUACUGCGAGGAUUAAACAUUCUUUAGGUUCUUCACCACAUACCGAUACUACAUCCAGGGCAUCCACCCUCUAAAAAUGGCAUUCCGACAUCAGUGGCAUUCUGUGCGAGAGCAGUACGAGCAGCACUUCUCACCGAUGGACACAAGAGAGGUGACGGUGCAUCGAGUGGUCAACAUCGUCGACAGGAGAAACGCCCACCCUUCAUCCGGGGGUGCGAUGAGCUACGACAGAUCAUUCAAUGAGGACCAGUGGUACAACGACGCUCCGAACUAUCCCGGUGAAGCGUGCCGCAUGGAAGACGACUACAUGCCAAACCGCUACUACGAAGAAAACCCCAACUACGGCAAUGGCCGCCGAGACUCACCACCCCGCCAUCAGGAGCUGCCUUACCAGCGUCCACGUUACGGCAGAGAUGAUCUGAGGCAUCAGUUGCGUUCAAGGCAAAAUGGCCGCCCCGGUCCGUAUUUCAAAACCAGAGGCCGAGGCCAGUCUCAUGACCGAGACGAGCGGAAUCACUUCAGGCACAGCCAGAAUGCGGAGUGGGAGCGUCUGCCCGGGAAGAAGAAAGGGCCGCCAGCUGCCAAAAAGAACAGCUCCUCGGAGUCCGAGAAAGGCUCAGGGCAGUCUCCAAAGACUAAAAGCCUUGCUGUGACAGUCCACACUCCCAGCGUCUCACUGGUAGAAUCCCCUCAAACGUCUUCAUCAUUAAAGCAGGAAAAAGCUUCCGACUCUGAAACGGGGGCGGAGGACAAGGAGGCGGUGCAGGAGGUGCUGGAGGUGCCUCCUCUCACCCUGGAGCCCAAGGCCGCUCAAGACGAAGGCGUGAAGGCACGGCGGUCGGAAGCCAUUAAAGCCAAAGUGCUGGAUAUUGAGAAGCAUUAUAGGCAGGAUUGCCAGACGUUCUCCACGGUGGUGAAGAUGCUGGUGACCAAGGAGCCGGCGUUGGAGACGCUACUCAACGGGGCUCUCGACGCCAACUUGGAUGAAAUGAGAGGGCGCUGCCUAGCUGCCAUCAGGCACUAUGUGAAAGAACUGGAUGAGUCCCUGGAGUUGUCAGGAACCCCGAGCUAGUAUGGAAAAAAUUUAUUUUAUCAAUACAUUUCACAUUCUUCCGGGCACAUAAAGUAGAAGCCUUGAUUUUUAUGUUUUUAAUAUACCCCGUGUAGGUGUACAACGUAUUUACCAUCCUCUAAUCACCAAAAUACUCACUGGUUGACCUUCUUGUCAUUUUAUUUGUCAAAUUCAAAUUUUUUUUUUUUACUUUUUACUGAUGGUUGCAAUGUUGCACUGCAGUUGAUAGAAAACUGCCAUACAUGCUACGCUAUGCUAUGCUAUAUGUACAGUAACAUGUAUAUAUACUAGCAUAUAUAUGUCAUAUCAUGUUUAUAUAUGUAUGCUAUUUCCAGUAGUCCCUCAUUUAUUGCGGUUAAAUUAAUUUCUCCAAUAUAUAUGAGUCAAUGUUAAAUCAAAUAUUUUGGUAGUUAGCAUAGAAAACCUGUUUCUGAUUAUUGAAUAAUUACUGUAAUUUCCGGCGUAUAAACGACACUGGUGAUUAAGCCGGCCUGAUUACAUAUCAUGGCGUGCGUUUGUCCGUGACAACCAGGAAGUAUGGAAAAAAACUCGUGAACCCAUCGGAUAUUGCAGGUCAUUACUCAAAAUAACAGUCCAGUCAUCUUUGAUAGAACGCUAAAAAACAUUACACAGAAACGUAAUACUCAAAAGCUAGCUCGUAUAUAUAUACAAUACAAGAACCGCUUCCCAGUAUGCAUUGCUUCUAAGAUGGGAAGCAAUUAAGAUUACGCUACACUCGUGUUUGUACAUGUUUGUAUAUUUCUGAGCUACCUUUUCAGUGUCAAGUCGCUGUGUGAUGAUUGUAGCGUUCUUUGUACGAUGACGUCUGUUAUACUGAGUGACUUCCUGUGAUUUCCGGUGACUCUGCAUGUCGCCUGGGAUAGGCUCCAGCGUACAGCCUCCCCCAGCUAGCCUAGCGAACACAAGCCGCAUAGAGAAUGAAUGAGUGAGUAUUUUAAAUGGGUGCUAGCGAUGCCUUUUAGCAGUAUUCUUGGACCAAUAUAAACAAUAUUUAACUGUUUGCUAACUUAUCCAAUUUUAAACUACACAAUCAUAUUGGCUUUCAAAUAAAAAUUGACCUAAAAUGAAAUUAUUUGCAUUUUUGUCCAUGUUGGCGGGAGUGGGGUCAAGUACACACAAAUGACAUUUUUAUUAAAAUAACCUUAUACUCCAGUUUAUACAUUUAUACAUGUUACAAUAGAAAUGAGUUUAUUACAAACACUUGAAGAAAGCGUGAUUCUGAAUGCCAGUUUAAGACCGCCUGGACUGGGAGGAAACCAGUUAGUUGAUGGUCUUCUGUUGCUCAUCAAUGUACUGUACUUGGCUAUGUUUGUAUUGUAAUAUGUAAAUACUAGGGAUUUCCGAUACUGGCGUUUUUUCCGAAAAACGAUAUACCGAUAUUGUUGAACUUUCAAUUUCCGAUACCGAUAUCAGCCGAUAUCGAUAUGUAUAAAAUGACAUAUCUCCCGUGGCGGAAUGAUAUCCGUUUUCAUGAUCCGGAAAAAUCUGAUACCGAUAUCAACUGUUGCAGAUAAUUAUUAUUAUUAUUAGUACCGAUAUCGGACAUCUCUAGGAAAUACAGUGUUCCCUCGUUUAUUGCGGGUAUAGGUUCCCAAUAUAGCCCUGGGGAUAAAAUUGCCAACAUACAAAGACUGCAAGCUAGCAAGCUAGCUGGUUCCGCUUACUGGUUAUACGUUGGGUGGUGGUGAUAUUACUCCUGAUAUUACUCACCACAACUAUGUUCUUAAAAUCGCACGGAAAAAAGAUCAUACGUGCGAUUGUGACCUCGGUUUAAGUCGAGAGUAAAAAAAAUUUGCCACAUUUUAUCUUAUUGCAGUAUUUACAUGUAAUAUAUAUAUAUAUAUACAUUAGAGAAUCGCACUUUAUUAUCAAAUCCUAUAAAGUUGGUUUUGCAGCUCGGGGUACAAACAGGAAGUCCAUGUAAUGUGACCAACCACAGCAGAGUGGGUGUGCCUGUGGGUGGAAUACGUUAAAACAGCGUUUUUGCAGGAACCACAAAACCCAAAGAAAUACAGCUGAAUAGGUGCAGAUUCUGGAAGAACUAGAUGUUAUUGUGUGUAACUGCUCUAUAGGAGUCCACAACUCAAUACAAAUGGCCCAGAAAUUAGCAUCAUAGGUCCCCUUUAACUGUUUACUAAAUAAGUGUUUAUAUAUUAAUAUUAAUAUUAAUAAAUUAAUUAAUACGUUUGUUAUUUUGACGGGCUGCAAGGCGGUCGAGUGGUUAGCAUGCAGACCUCACAGCUAGGAGACUCGGGUUCAAUCCCACCCUUGGCCAUCUCUGUGUGGAGUUUGCAUGUUCUCCCCGGUUUCCUCCCCCAAACGUACAUAGAGUGUUAACAUGCUAACAGUUAGUAUGUUGUGUUAUUAACAAGCUAAUGUAAACAUGUUAGCAUUUUAGCUAUUUUCAUGGGUAUUACCUUACAUAAGGCUGCACGGUGGACGAGUAGUUAGUGCACAGACCUCACAGCUAGGAGACCCGCGUUCAAUUCCACCCUCGGCCAUCUCUGUGUGGAGUUUGCAUGUUCUCCCCGGUUUCCUCCCCCAAACUUACAUAGAGUGUUAACAUGCUAACAGUUAGUAUUCUUGUGUUAUUAACAAGCUAAUGUUAACAUGUUAGCAUUUUAGCUAUUUUCAUGGAUAUUACCUUACAUAAGGCUGCACGGCAGUCGAGUGGUUAGCGUGCAGACCUCACAACUAGGAGACCUGGGUUCAAUUCCACCCUCGGCCAUCUCUGUGUGGAGUUUCCAUGUUCUCCCCGGUUUCCUCCCCCAAACUUACAUAGAGUUUUAACAUGCUAACAGUUAGUAUGCUUGUGUAAUUAACAAGCUAAUGUUAACAUGUUAGCAUUUUAGCUAUUUUCAUGGGUAUUACCUUACAUGUGUGGCGUUUGCAUGUUCUCCCCGUGCAUGCGUUGGUUUUCUCCGGGUACUCCGGUUUCCUCCCACAUUCCAAAAAAAAACAUGCUAGGUUAAUUAGCGACUCCAAAUUGUCCAUAGGUAUGAAUGUGAGUGUGAAUGGUUGUUUGUCUAUAUGUGCCCUGUGAUUGGCUGGCCACCAGUCCAGCAUGUACCCCGCCUCUCUCGCCCCAAGACAGCUGGGAUAGGCUCCAGCACCCUUUGCGACUCUCGUUAGGAUAAACGUUAGAAAAUGAAUGAAUGAAUGAAUAUUUACAUUUUUAAUUAUAAAUAUGCAUUACUCUGAAGUUACUCAAUAUUGUAUUAAUUUACCAGCCACAGAAGUUCAUAUUGAAAUAUGAUAUAUUUAUCAUAUCAUAUCAUGUUACUGAAGAAGAACCCAACUGUGAGACCAAAGCCUAAGAUAUGAUGCAGUUUUUACUCUUAUGUCCUUUGUUUUUGAAUUUAGUCCAUUGGUCAUACGAAGGGGAGGACAGGUCUGGAACCGGGCCUGGUAGACCUUCAUCAUAGUAAUGUCUAAGCGGUCUCGGUUGAGGGAUAGGCUGACCCAGGAAGAAACCCUCCUCCUCUGAAUCAGAGGAAGAGGAUGAACAUGUAGAGCACCAGUCGUCAUGGUCCCUGCACAGAUCUAAGAACCUCCCCAUGGCCGAGCCGUUAAGCCUGUAGUCUGACCCGGUAGCAGCAGGUGGGUGUCUGUGGAAAACCGGUUCUUUCCGAUGCCCACUGUGGUCCGCUUUGUAGCCCCUCUGUUUGGGUAGAAGAUUAAGAGCGUUAUCCGAGCGAGACUUGCGGCUGUGACGCCUCCUGUGAUGGCGACAGUGUCCCCUGGAGUCAACUUCCUGGCCCUGCUCCUCAAAAUGGAACGCUCUCCGGCGAGUCCGUUCACUCAUGGGGGGUUGCCGCAUCGGGAGGUCGUCGUAACGGUCGAUAAUGUCAUCUGAAAAUUUCACCUGCUGGUUCCUAGACUGUGAACGUGACCUCCUCAGGGUGGGUACAUGUGGUUUGGGUGUGUCCUCCAUUGCUGGAACUUCUGGAACAUUUCCAUCCACUUCCUCUUCCUGCUCAGAUUCAAGACUCUUCAGGGAAUUUGAACUCCUGUGUAACAUGGAGGAGUUAAGGGUCCCCAUGUUGCUUGUGUUCUCACAGUCCUCAGUCUCCAGAUCGUGGAAGCCAUGCAUGGAGAAAACCAAAGACCGGUCUUUCGUAUCACCAUCAACCGAAGUACCUAAGAAAGGAGAACGCAUUCAGAAUACUUCUACAUACUCGUGGAAUGAAAUGAUUAUUAUGUCGUGACGCUUCUCACCGGUAAUAUUCGAGAGAGCCAAUGAGUCCAUGGAGUCUCGGACACUCUGAUCCGUCUUCUUGAACCGGUCUGGAAUGCACUCCAAAGAUCCAGCCCCAUGGUCUAGCUCCAACUCUUGGAUCUUUCUGUUGCUAGCCGGGCCCGGAUGACUACCGUAAGCUGAGUCCCCCAAUCCGUCCUGAGACUGGGCCCAGUACAUGUCAGCCUGGUACUUCUUACUGGCUAGACUUCCUCUUCCUUCUCCGUCGCUGUUAGCAUCUUUGAAGGACUCCGGUUUUAGCUUUGCUUCCCUUUCCACCACCCAAACAUUCGUAGGUGUGCGGUCACUGUCUUGUCUGAAGACCCCGUUUUCCCCGAAUUUCAACAGUAGCUGAGUCAUGUAGUCUUCAUGCUCCGCCCACUCCUCCUUCUCGGUUUCCUCACCACUCCCCCUCCAGAAAUGCUCAUCAGAUAAGUUCAAAUGUGUGAACUUGUCGGUCAUGGUGUCCUCAAAGUUUCCGCUGAAUCCAGGAAACCUGUAGUUAACCGCCGGCGAAAAGAGAAGCGACUGUCGGCAUUGAUCACCUGAUCGGCUGCUUUUGCCCAUACGUAUGUUACGACGCGACUCCCGGGAACGCGCCGACUGGAAGGCCGAGUCCGAGGAAUCGGAUGCUUGUGUGUCUUCUCCCAGACUGCAGGCUUUGGAGCAGUAGAUGCGACCUUGGUGUGGCAGGAAGGGGCACCCCAUAAGGGAGCUCUUACACUGGGCGCAGCUGAAACAGGUCUCGGUGGCAUGCCAGUGGAGACCGUCGUAAGUCAUCUGGGCAUUAUCAACACCUGAAAAGUAGGAAAUUAUCGAGAAAAAUCGAAGCUAGAAUCGUACAUUCCUGGCAGAUACCGAAGAAAAAGAUCAUUGCGCGAAUGCUAAACUUACCGAUAUGUUCUCCGCAAGCCUCACAGAAUUCCGCGUAGAGCGACUCGAAGCAUCCACAGCAGUAGGGUCUGCCGUUCUUCAUGAUGUAGCGCUGUCCCCCCAGAACCGUCUCGCAUUCAAAACAGGAGAAGUGCUUCAUGUGCCAGUGGCGCCCCUCAGCCUCCGUGCACUCGUCAGCAAAUAUAAUCUGAAGGCAAAAGAUACGCAGUAGUUGACCACGUUUAUGUAGUACACUUCGUGUACAGUUCCCACUUCCACAUGUCCAAAAGGAGUACGAAGAAGCAAAGCUUAUUAAAUCCUACCCCUCCAUCUGGUACUUUUACAAUCAGUAACUCUUACAUUUGUUCAAUUCCUGCUUUCUUUAUUUAAUUUUAUUUAAUUUUUAUUUUAUUUUAUUUUAUUUUUAUUAAUUUUAAUUUAAUUUAAGUUUAAUUUUGAUUUUAGUUUCAUUUAAUUUAAUUUUGAUUUUAGUUUUAUUUAGGUUCAAGGACAAUCUAUUAUCAUCAAACCAUAUUUUUAGUGUGACCAUUUCUUCUCUGACAUUCUAAUGAUCAGUAACUGUUGCAUUUGUUCACUUCCUGCUUUCCUAAUAUAAUUUAAGUUUUUUUUUAAAAACAUUUUUUAAUUAAUUUUUUUAAUGAUUUCUAUUUAUUUAUUUAUGUAUAUAUUUGUGUAUUUAUGUAUUUAUUUAAAUUUUGCGGGACUUUGAGGUGAAGCAAAGCUUAUUAAAUCCUACCCCUCCAUCUGGUACUUUUACAAUCAGUAACUGUUACAUUUGUUCACUUCCUGCUUUCCAA